AUGGCGGUGGGCAGAGAUGAGCUGUACAAAGCUCUGAACGUGGAGAUCAACAACAAGGUGGCAAAGAACGUGAUCCUGUUUAUCGGCGACGGGAUGGGACCGAACACGGUAACGGCCACCAGAAUUUACAAGUACAAUGAGAGCGGACUAUUGACCUUUGAAAAAUUUCCGCACGUGGGCUUGCUUAAAACGUAUUCGGUCGACAAACAAGUGCCGGAUGCAGCGAGUGCAGCAACUGCAAUGUUCACUGGUGUAAAGGUCAAUCAAAAGACUCUUGGCCUGGACGCAAAUUACCAGAUCAAUGAUACAACUCACUGUGACAAUGCCGAUUCGCAGAGGAUCGGACUUACGUCGUUGGCCAAGUGGGCGCAAGAUGCUGGAAAAAGCACCGGGUUUGUGACCAACACCAGGAUUACCGAUGCUACGCCCGCCGCCCUAUACGCCCGGACGUCCAACCGGAAGUGGGAAUGCAACGCCGCCAUGCCACCAAGAGCGAAAAACUGCAAGGACAUUGCCAGGCAGCUCAUUGAAGACCGACCGGGACGACAUUUUAAGGUUAUAAUGGGCGGCGGCAAGAAAUCGUUCGAAGCUAAUUCACCGCCGAACCCAAAGGAACAAGUUGAAAAAUCCUUGUGCGUGAGAACGGACGGCAAAGAUCUGAUCCGUGAGUGGAUAGACGACAAACUAUCCAACAACCUGUCGCAUCAGUUCUUGACCAACGUAAGAGAUAUACGAUUGUUGGACACUAAACAAACAGAGUACAUUUUGGGAUUAUUUACAAACGGAACAAUGCCAAUGGAGUAUUAUAGAAACAAAAAGUCGUUAGGAACACCAUCACUAGAAUUAAUGACUGAAACAGCUAUUAAAGUAAUUUCAAAAAAUGAAAAAGGAUUUUUUUUAAUGGUGGAAAGCGGGUUAAUUGAUGCAGCACACCAUCAAAGCACAGCCAGGUUAGCUUUAGACGAAACUGUCGAAUUUGAUAAAACAAUCAAAACUACAAUCGAAUUGCUAAGACAGUUAAACAUGUUAGAUGACACAUUAGUGAUUGUGACCAGUGACCACGCUAACUUACUAUCAAUUAAUGGAUAUCCAAAACGAGGGAAUAAUAUUCUAGGUGUUGCAGGAGUAUCAGAAUCAGAUUACGUUAGAUACACAACAUUAACGUAUUCUAUAGGAUAUGCUAAGAGUCCAGUGUAUACCCGUCAAGGUAGUUCAGUCAUUAGACAGAAUCCAACAGUUAGUAAUACAACUCAUCAUGAUUAUACUCAACAAGUUGGUAUUCCAGAAGAGACAGGACUACAUGGUGGAAGUGACGUAGCAGUAUAUGCCAAAGGACCAAUGGGACAUUUGUUUCAUUCCAUUCACGAACAAAAUUAUAUUGCCCAUGCAAUAGCAUAUGCAACAAAAAUUGGCGCUUACCAUUGUGAACAACAACAAUCAGGGAACCAAUCUUACACACAUCUCUCAAGCAUUUACCUUAUAUGCACAUUAAUUUUGUCAUUGUUGUAUUUUAAUGAAGUUACAGUAUUAAGAUUUUGA